AUGCCUGUUCCGCGUGCACGGCUGUUGGAUCUGAUGAGAGUCCAAUGCCGCAUUUUCAAUUCAACCUUCAAUCCCGAAGGACUUCGAUUGGGGAACAAGAUUUUGCGACAACGACUGAAGGGGCCAGCCUUAGCAUCAUACUAUCCGCGGAAAAUGGGUACGAUCCAAGACCUUCAACGAGUAUAUACGGACGAGCUCGACAUCUUUGACGAGGAGGAAGAGGACCGUUUCGAGAAGAUCAAGAUUCUCAAGGCAAGAGGGAAAGGUGCACCAAAGAAGAAGCGGACAGCAGAAGAAUCGAAGAAGUUCAAGGGCAAGAAAAAGUAG